AUGGCCGGGGGCCCGGGCGUUGGACGGUUUCAGUCUCUUCGGAAAGGUCAGAACAUUGGCGAUGUCACUUUCGAAGUACUCAAGGGGAAAGCUCAUCCGGGACGCCUUGCGCAAGCCGGAGAGAUAUUCAUGAUCACCUGGUCCAAAUGGAACAAGCACAGGCAUCCGCCUAUCAGCCCAGUAUGCGCAGACUGGGAGUGUGGUGCCAUAUUCCCAGAAGCCAAUCAAUGCGCAACUCCCAAGCCAUUCCUCCGACGAGCUGACGACGAGCUGAACCAUCGGACACGUCAAUCUAUCUUCGGAAACACUUACCUCCCAGGGCGUCCCGCUCGCUUUGAAGACAAUGGUGGAAGCAAGGCCAGUCGAGACAGUGCCAUGCCCACUAAACACCACGACAGUCCGCAGCGCAUAUAUCCAUCCAUACAUCAUCCACCUUCUUCUUCGUUCCUCAGCCCCGUAGAAUCGCGAUUCGUCUCUCGUCCCCCUUGUCGAUGCUACAUCUCCACUCCGUCGCAUCCGCAGAAUCAACGUGUUGUUGAGGUGUCCGCGGACGCCACGAAGCCCAUGCCACACACGCAGCUCGGAAUAAGGGCAGACGACGCAUGCAUGUUCAUUUCUUCACUCCUGUGCCUUGUCUUGUGGAGCGGCAUCUCGACCAUACGAUUCAAAGCGCCCGCUCUGUACUAUGCGCACUCAGCCGCUGAUCUGAUCCUCCCUGCGCCUGUGCCCUCCCCUCCCUUUUUUUCUCCCCCGGCGGGUCGACAACGGACUCGGGUGCUCCUAAGAACACCCAGCUACCUCGUAUAUAUAAUCUGCCCGCCGAGCUUCCCUGCCCGAAAUGGACGGGGGAAGCAUGUUGAGGGACCUUUCUGGCCCACCUCAACAGCAAAACCCUACUCCCACUUCCCCAGGUCGUCCCAAGACCUCGACUUCUCCAAUUUCACGCCCGACCAAGAAGAGAUCAAGACGCUCCUCUCCUCGACCUCACUCGUACAUUUUACUGCCAAGGGCAAACCCAUCCCGCUUGACGAUGACACUACCGCUCACCGUACUUCGGCUCUGAGAGAGCUCAAUACACAUUAUCCUUCUCGACUGCGCUACGCCAAGUCUACAGGAACCCAAAAUAGCGCCUACUCCCAGCCCGUUCUUGUACGAACAUAUUCCGGUGGUCGCGGCAGGACGUCUAACGCCACUCGCAGCGCUACUGGAGGCGAUAAAGCGGGCUAUGGUCCAGGCACAUCGGUGACUUCUGGCACCGCAGCGUCCGUCCGGCGUGUCGUCGCUUUCCGAUCGCGACCUGGUGCUCAACAAUAUGGCCUUUUGAGCAUGGCCAGGGCAAAGGUUUUAAGAGGGUCUCAGGCCCAUGAUGCUACCGUCAAGCUCCCGCCCAUUGAAGCCUACAGCUUCAAAAGUAUGAUGGCCAAUCUAGAAGCCGAGGGCGGAGAAAGCGACAUCAAUGCCGACCUGGACCGCAUUGCGGAGAUCUGCGCCAGGUCUCGCUACUCAUUGAGUAACCAAUACGAAGUCCACGUCGCGCCUCAUGGGUCUGGCGUAGCAUUCCUGGCUUCUGCGUCAUCCAGGCGUCAACUGGCUACCGGUCGGACACUGCAGGCCAUGUCAUCCGACGAUGAGCGGAACAACAGACGGCACCGCAAGAAAGCGAGUCUCGGUGGCAAGCGAAGGAGUGUAGCCAUAGGGACGCUGGAGACCAUCAUAUCCUCCAGCGGCUCGUCUGAGGAAGGAAAAUCGAAGGAAAAACUGGCAAGCGAAAUCGCCGAGGAGGUCCGUGAACGAACCGCCCAGACAGCCUCCGCGUAUCUGGCGGAAGGCGAUAACGAGAAUACUGGUUCUCGGACGAACCCAGAAGUCGACAACAAUAGAAGGAAGCUCACCAGGAAAAAGUCCUCAUCUCUGGCCACGGCCAUGAUAGGAAACGCUCGGCAGGUCCCGAGCGCCAGCGAUGCUGCUUCCGCACGCAAUUCUUCGUCUACGCUACUGAGUGAGCCGGCUCUCCCUAAAACGUCGACAAGCCAUUUGGAAGUCCGCACUGAGCCAGAUAAUGUGAACGAAAACGCUUCGAACAAGGUCGGCGAACAGCCAGGUACCGAAGGCCCUCGUCUGGAAGCUGGGGACGAGACGCAAUCCCCCGAGCCAAGAGGUUUGCUGGAAGGCUUGAGUGGCUGGAUGCCGGCUUGGUCGCUUCCCCCGGUAAUGGCUCUCAGCCCUGCUUCGGCCCAAGGGGGCGCAUCGCCAAGUCACGCCGAAGGAAGUCUGCGAGAAUUGCUGAAAUCAGCGGCAGACUCGAAUACGGAGGUGGCGUUGAAAUGCGGAUGGUGUUUUCGCAUGUUCGAGGAUGGGGGUUUUGAGGGACGGGAGAGGGUUGGCGUUCCGUUCCGUUUUACCAAAGUCUGCUGUCCAGAGGAAUCCAACAUGGUGGCGGAGGCCAUAUAUGCAGCUGCUGAGAUGUACUAUACAGGCCACAGACCCUUUCACGUCGACUGGACCGACACCCAAUCGCCGGCUCAUCUUCACCCUACAGCAGUGAGAAUGAACUGUUCUGUUCUUUCGUGCCUGGCCCACGCACCUGAUGCUGGUCUGGCUCUCACACCAGCUCCUUUCGAGUGUAGCUUCACCCGAGAUGCGUAA